AUGUCAAACUUGAGGAGGGUGUUGGAGAGGCAACAGAAAGAAAGGGAAGAAAUUCGGUGUAGACGUGCUGAAGAAGAUCGAGACGCCGAUGAAGAAGAGGAGCAAAUGCUUGCAGCAGCGGUGUGUAUGCUUAAUCAAUCAAGGCAACACCGUCGUCGUGCCCCGAAUGUGGACAGACGUAGGGAGUCUCGGGGGAAGAAUCUCUUGGAGGAUUACUUUAUCCCAAAUUCCUUAUAUCCUGUUUCUAAGUUUCGCGAGAGAUAUAGAAUGCAGCCACAGUUGUUCCAAAAAAUCAUGCAUGAUAUUUGUAAUUACGACACAUACUUCAUUCAAAAGAAUGAUGCUGUUGGAGUUUUGGGUCUUAUCCCGGAGCAAAAACUUACAGCUGCUUUGUGGAUGCUUGCUUAUGGGGCAUCUGCAGAGGAGGUGGAUGAGAUUGCAAGGAUGGAAAAAUAUACUAUCCUAGAGUGCUUGUGGAAGAAUUCUCCUACUGCUUGGCAAGGAGAGUACGGGAAUCGGAAGGGGCAAAAAAGUAUAAUUUUGGAGGCCGUAGCUUCAUUCGACACUUGGGUUUGGCAUGCCUUCUUCGGGGUUGCCGGAUCUCAGAAUGACCUCAAUGUCCUUGGUCAAUCCCCGGUGUUCGAUGAGGAAAGAAGCUUUGCUUCCUUUCAAGAAGGUUACAGGAAAGACGUGGAGAGGUGUUUCGGUAUCUUGCAAGCUCGUUGGGCAAUUAUCAGGGGUGCUGCUCGGAUGCUAGAUGAGGAGGUGCUGCGGAGUAUUAUGAUGACUUGCAUCAUCCUCCACAACAUGAUUGUGGAGGAUGAGUAUGACUACGAUGCUCCAGAGGUAUUUGAACCCGAUCCCUUGAACACGGCCUUGACAAGAAUAUAUGAAAGGCUGAUGGGACCAAAUGGACUACCAAUGGAGCCCGAACCGUUACUUCGGGAUGGUCAAUUCAACAACCCCAUGAUUGAUCGUUAUCAAGAAAUGCAAUCUUCAUAUGUUCACGAGAGACGUCAAGUUGACUUGAUCAAGCACUUGUGGGAGAGGAAAGGCAAUCACAAUGGAUGA